CCCACUCUCUCUCUCUCUCUCUCUCUCUCUCCCCCUCUCCUCUCUCUCUCUGCUCUCUCUACCAAUUGCGAUUUCUCGUUCUUGAAACUCGACCCUCUGCGAGCAGUUUUAUCCUUCGCAGCUGCCAUUUCUGCAAUGUUGAGAAGAAGCUCGUCCUCCUCGCAUGGCCUCUUCACUAUUUUGAUCCCUACGCUGCUCCUUCUCAGCUCAGAUUUGCUUUUUUCACUGUCGUUCGCUGAGCCGCUCACUGAAUCAGAUCCCCUCCUCAACGCUAACGCCACCGAGUCCAAUGUCUCCCUCUCCAAGCCAAAAGAAGGCAGCUUCGCUGACAUGAUCGAUAAAGCUCUCGAGAACGAGUUCAAAGAAAAUGAUCAGAACGAAGCUACUGAUCCUGGAAGCUUUAACAACAGCGUAGCCGGCCAGCAGGCAGUUCUGGAGACAGUUGCUAGAGUGAAGUCGAAGAAAAAUGAGACAAAAGAGGAAAACUUAAAUAGGUCGUUUCAACUGCACGAUGUAUUUAAUCUGGAUAAUGAUAAUAGAGGAGAAGAUACACCAACGCUAAUAGAUCGAAAGGACAAUGUCUUCAUAAUAUCAAAUUUCAAAUCAAAAUAUCCAGUGCUGCAACUAGACUUAAGAUUAAUAUCAGAUCUGGUGGUCGUUAUUGUAUCUGCAACCUGUGGUGGCAUUGCCUUUGCUUGUGCUGGACAACCGGUUAUUAGUGGAUAUUUGCUAGCUGGAUCUGUUAUUGGGCCUGGAGGGUUCAACUUCGUCAGUGAAAUGGUUCAAGUUGAAACUGUGGCUCAGUUUGGGGUAAUUUUUCUUCUUUUUGCUUUGGGCUUGGAGUUCUCCACAACAAAGCUUCGAGUUGUUCGAGCGGUUGCUGUUCCAGGAGGCCUGCUGCAAAUCUUCCUAUUUAUGUGCCUGUGUGGUAUUACAGCCUCAUUAUGUGGUGGUAAAGUUUCCGAAGGGAUAUUCGUUGGUGUGUUCCUUUCUAUGUCUUCAACAGCAGUGGUGUUGAAAUUUUUGAUGGAGAAAAACUCUACUAAUGCCCUUCAUGGCCAAGUUACCAUUGGCACCCUUAUUCUGCAGGAUUGUGCAGUGGGUUUGCUGUUUGCUUUGCUUCCAGUUCUAGGUGGGACUUCGGGUAUUCUUCAAGGAGUGAUAUCUAUGGCUAAGUUGAUGGUGACGUUGAUUACAUUUUUGGCUGUUCUAUCUAUAUCAUCUCGUACUUGUGUUCCUUGGCUACUUAAGCUGAUGAUAAGCUUAUCUUCACAGACCAAUGAACUCUACCAAUUGGCAUCAGUUGCAUUCUGCUUACUUGUUGCCUGGUGUAGUGAUAAGCUGGGACUAAGUCUAGAACUGGGUUCCUUUGCUGCGGGAGUGAUGAUAUCAACAACUGAUCUUGCUCAACAUACGCUAGAACAAAUUGAACCCAUCCGCAACCUUUUUGCUGCUCUUUUCCUUGCCAGCAUUGGGAUGCUGAUCCAUGUUCAAUUUCUCUGGAAUCAUGUUGAUAUAUUACUAGCGUCUGUUAUCUUAGUUAUCAUCAUAAAAACAAUUAUUAUCACCAUGGUUGUCAAGGGAUUUGGUUACAACAACAAAACCUCAUUUCUUGUCGGAAUUUCUCUGGCACAGAUAGGCGAAUUUGCUUUUGUGCUUCUAAGUCGUGCCUCUAAUCUCCAUCUAGUUGAGGGGAAAUUAUAUCUCCUGCUUCUUGGGACCACAGCCCUUAGUCUGGUGACCACUCCUUUUCUAUUCAAGCUAAUCCCUGGUUUAGUGCAUCUUGGUGUGCUUUUAAGGUGGUUCCCUCCGGACGGGGCUGUUGAGAUUGGGUUUAAAGGAGAUAACCUUCGCACAGAUAGUGGUAAACAGCGCGUUAUUUUGAUGGUCCGAGAAUCACAUGAUUCGUGAUCUCUGUAUAGAGGAAACUGUAAAGGCAAUCUCCGUUUUACCCAACAUGUUUUGCUCCAGCCACAUUUGGGGAGUGGGUGCUUGUGGAGUUGAUAAGAGAAUUGAACUGUUUUCUUCACUUCUCAUACAAAUCUACUCUGGAGUAAUUUUCUGUUUCACAUUACCGGCCUAAUCAACCGCUCAAAUUGAGCUUCAGUAAUGGAAGAACAGGAAAGAGACUAUCUAACUGCUGAAAGAAGUUAACAUGCUUUACGUAUAACAUUCAUUCUUUGCCACAGUGAUUUAUUCUUUUGGAGUUGUAACAUAAUUUUGCGUCUUGUAAUUUGAACUGAAAUUUGUAGUUCAUAUGUUUCUUUUUGUCCGGGAAGUGUAGAAUUUUGGAUAUUUCAAGUAAUGUCUAUAUCAUACCUCCUCCA